AUGCUCUCUCGCCUACACUGGGGGACAUCGUCCCGAAUAAUAGCAUCUCCAGUUCGACUCUUCAGCCAAACCCCCACCGUUCCCGCAAAAGCCCUUCCCCCACGGCUCAAGAUCAACGAUGCCGACAUAUCAAUAGCCUACCUGAAAGGCACCGGGCCUGGCGGACAGAAGAUUAAUAAAACCAACUCCGCCGUCCAAAUCAUCCACAAGCCCAGCGGUGUGGUAGUAAAAUGCCAAGCGACGCGCUCGCAGUCACAAAACGAGAAAAUUGCACGCUCGUUGCUUGCCGAUAGAGUCGAGGCGCAGGAGAAGGGAGACAAAAGUCGAGUUGCGAUUAAGGCUGCAGCGGCGAAGAAGAAGAAGGCUAGUAAGAUGAAGAAGACGAGGAGGAAGUAUCGGGAGCUUGAGGCGGGGAAGGAGGGGGAAAUUAUUGAGGAAGAGGACGAGAUUGAAAUUAUAUGGGACGAGGAUGUAAAGGAAGAGGGAGAAAGUAAGGAGAAUACAUCGGAGGUGGAAGGUAAAUCUCAACCCUCUGGAGAGUCUGGGAAAGGGAUAGAGAGUACACCGGAGGUUGGACAUGAGUCUAAAUCCUCUGGGGAACCCGGAAAAGGUGUAUGA